AUGAGUGAACCCAAGGAAGAGCACGUUUUCAAGACGUUAGAAGAAGACGACGAGUUUGAGGACUUUCCUGAAGACACAAAGUGGUCGACAGAAGCCUCUAAUAAGGCUCAAGGUGCUAGUUUAUGGGAAGAAGAUUGGGACGACGACGACGUUCAGGACCAGUUUUCUCAGCAGUUGCGAGAGGAAUUGAAGCGUGCUAGAAAGUAA